UUUUUAGGAAUAGACUUGCAAUUUUGUGGGAGCCUUGAUUCGUGUGCUGCAGGUCACAGAAACUUGAACUCUGUCUGGUAUGGUUGUAAGACCAGGUCACCUUUGUUGGUAGGCCUUAUAUCACAUCUGGGAAUCUGGUGAAAGUGCUAAUAGGUCAGUCAAUCCACCCAGGUUUGAGAGUUGAUCUAUCCUGAUUUCAAAUAUCACUGUAGAAGCCAUUGCUGGCCUCUGAGAAUUCAUCAGGCAAACCAACAUGAAGUUUGAUGUGAAGAGGUUUGACAUCUAUCGGAAGGUACCCAAAGACCUAACCCAACCAACCUUGACUGGCGCUGUAAUAUCGAUAGCAUGCUGUAUCUUCAUGACGUUCCUCUUCCUGUCAGAAUUCAUGUCUUUCAUGUCUACAGAAAUAGUCUCAGAUUUGUUUGUUGAUAAUCCUGGGCAUCAUGAAGAACGUAUUCCUGUUCGAAUCAACGUAUCUCUUCCUCAUCUCAACUGCAAAGCUGUUGGCCUUGACAUUCAAGAUGAUAUGGGAAGGCAUGAAGUUGGGUUUGUAGAAAACACGGUGAAGGUUCCCAUUGCUGAUGGCAAGGGGUGUCUUUUUGAAGCAUCCUUCUUCAUCAACAAAGUCCCUGGCAACUUCCAUGUAUCAACCCAUGCAGCUGAAGAGCAGCCAGAGGAGAUAAACUUUGCUCAUAUAAUCCAUGACCUAAGGUUUGGUGCAUUGAUUACAAAUCCAAAUGUGCCUGGCAGCUUCAAUCCUCUGAAAGGCUGGAGCAAGAUUGAUAACACUGCUGUAGAGUCUCAUGAUUAUGUGAUGAAGGUUGUUCCCACCAUUUAUGAAGAUUAUUAUGGGAAUACUAUGGUGUCUUACCAGUACACUUAUGCAUACCGUAGCUUUGUAUCCUUUAGCCAUGGAGGACGUGUGAUCCCAGCCCUCUGGUUUCGCUAUGAUCUCAACCCAAUCACUGUCAAGUAUCAUGAGAAGAGUGCUCCUUUCUACAGUUUUCUAACCACUAUCUGUGCUAUAAUUGGAGGGACCUUCACUGUGGCAGGAAUAAUAGACUCCUGCAUUUUCACAGCCUCAGAGAUCUUCAAGAAAUUUGAAAUUGGGAAGUUGAGUUGAUUUUUUUAAAAUGAAAUGUUGUUGCCCAUUGGUAUCCUUUAGUCAGAGGUUGAAAGUUGAUUUUGGUGAGAAAGAAAGAGAUAGGGCUUGGCAUUAUUCAGGUGACUAUUGCACUGGUCUGAUUCAGUCGAUCUCUCAUUUCCCAUUUCUGGUUUAUCAACCUGCCUGAUUCUAUAUUUUUUCAGUUCAACAACUUCACCAUUCAACCAAGAGUUCAAUAUUAUGAAGACCAUGCAUUCCCCUGAAUUAAUCGAGAUAGGUUUGAAUUACUUUUGCAAGAAAUUCUUAGAACAUACAAAUACUUGCAGUGGUGCAAAAGUCUGUGAUCUGGUAGCCUACUAUUUAUGCAUUUGAAGAGCAUUAAUUUUUCAGAGGGUAAGUGGGCUCAUAGUGUCUCUUCCUGGUUCCCAUCUCAUACACAUUAAGAAUCUCAGGGUACAGAUUGACAAGGUCCAUUCUGCCUUUUUUUAAAAACUGCUUUUCUUCUUUAGUGGUAAUUUGGAUUAAAAGAUAAGGACAUAAGUGGGGUUUGGGCAUGCAAAUGGGAACCUAUGGUCUGUCACUGUGAUUUUUUUAGGGCCUUUUGUUAUUCUUUAUGAAUUUGAUUGUUGAAUAGAAGUUUGGUGUGUAAGAUUUGAUUGAGACUUCAUUUGGCCUUAUUAUGGGGUUCCUUCUUCGGUUGAGAGGAAUGUCUUUUGUGUGAAACACUUCAUGAUUUAGCUAUGCUGAAAUGAGUAAUGGAUAUGUCUUAUUGCAAGAGAAUAUGAUAUACUGCACAGUGUCUCAGUUGGAUUUGUGUGCAUUUUCACCUUGGAG